CAACCGGAAUGUGAUUCAAUGUUUAGGUACAUAAUUAUAAAAACAGGACUGAAAAUCCAAAGGAAUAUGGCUGGUUUGAAGAUCCUUAUAUUUGAAUGUACUCUACUAGUACUAGUCAUCUUUUGCAGAAACACAUAUCAGACUCAAUCAGACAUCAUUAACUGUGAUUUUGUUAUAAUUGGUGCCGGAACAGCCAGCUUAACUCUGGGCAGUUUAUUAUCAGAUGUCCCAUACUGGAAAGUUUGCAUUUUAGAACGUGGCCCUAUGGAAUCGAGAAUGGAUGGGUGGUAUACUAACAGUUACAAGUUUACUACUCCUCAUGAUCCGAUGUGGCUAACUUCUCCUGUUUUACAGACAAUGGAAAAUAAUAAAAAUACAAACAGAGAUGGACGAAAUAUAUAUAUCCCAAGAUUUCGUGGUCGUGGUGGAACAUCUCGCGUUUAUGGAGCAAUAAAUAGAAGAGCUAGUCCUGCUGUUCUUGAUUUGUGGCCAGAUGGAUGGAAACAUGACAAUUUGACCCACUAUUAUAAGAAGAUGGAAGAUCAUUAUUGUUAUUAUGACUCAAAAGAUGUUACUGGGAUAUCAGAAGAAGAUUGCAAGAAAUGGCAUGGUAAAGGAGGUGCAAUGCAAGUAAAUACACAGAUGAAGGAGGCAUUCCAGAAAUUCGCAAGGGAAAUGAAAUAUCUUUGCCAAAAGACCAGUAUGCCAUGGGGUGGUUAUGCUCAUAACUACAACGGUCAUUUGGAAGAUAGAAUAAGCUGUAGUGUUUUUCAACAAUUCAAAAUGAGGACGGAAAAAGUUGGAAAAGACAAUUUUGUUCCUACACCGGAGGCGCGAAAUAACCGAGCGUCACAGACGGCUCGUGGUAGCAGUUUUUCAGGUUAUUAUGAACGAAGACAGGACCGAGCUAACCUGCAUGUCUUUACAUCUACAACUGUAACGAAAAUUUUGUUUCAAAAUACAAAGGCAAUAGGGGUCCUAUGUUUGAAUGAAGAUAGUGAGAAAAUUUUAACAUUUUACGCCCAGAAAGAGGUUAUUGUUGGGGGAGGGUCUUUUGAUACCCCUCAUUUACUUCAGGUUAGUGGUAUUGGUCCCAAAAAACUUUUGAAGAAGAUUAAAGUUGAUAUAGUCGCUGAAAAUCAACACGUUGGACAGCAUUUAUGGGAUCAUAUCUCCGUGCCAUAUGUACUCAAGCUCUCACCUGAAUCAGACGAUUUAUGUUGCACUGAUCCAGACAGUAAAAUACCAAAAGUAAAUAUUGAUGGUAAAAUUUAUGAUACAAGAACAUUAUCCAGUAUCAAUGGUCCUUUUUCAUGGAUUUUGCAUUUGAGAUCAAACUUAACUCGGCCGCUACAAAAUAUGUCUGACAUUCAGAUAUAUGUGAUGGGAAAUUCCAAACUUUUUGACGAAACAGGAUCAUUGUGUACCGCUCCAACAACUGGUCACAGUGAUUUAAAGGAAUAUGGUUUCUCUGGCGAUGAAGAUGAUACCGUUGAUUCAGAAGAUUUAAACGAAGGAACAAUUCGUAUUAUUGAUCAGUGGCCAGAAUUUCGAGGCUCUAUUAAUGCUGUAACAGCCAACAUUUUUGAUAAGCCAAAAUUAGAUUAUGGAUGGACAUACUCUGAAGAUGGUAUACCUACAAAAGAGUUCGAACAAGUGUCCAAACUAUUCAAAGACCAAAUUCGAAUGCUACGAGAAAUGUAUUUUGGUGCUGAUGUUCGAGAAGAGCUUCGUUCUUUAAUUGUUGAUGAAGUUGCACCAGGUAAAGAAAUUGAUACGGAUGAAGAACUUGAUGCGUGGAUGAGGGGAAUGUUUGUUUCAGCAUUGCAUCCAGUAGGUACAUGUAAAAUGCCUGAAUGUGCAGAUGAAUUUUUACAAGUGAGGGGAGUGUCUAAGUUGCGAGUAUGUGAUGCUUCAGCGUUCGCCUCACAAACCGAUGGAAACCCUGCCGCAACCCUCUAUGCAAUGGGAGAAAAACUUGCGGAUAUGCUCAAAUUUCAGUAUUUAAAGUACGUUAAAGUUGCUAUACGUCAAGACUUAUCAAUUCCAGUUGAAUCGACUAAACUGGAUGACCCGGAUAUUACUUCUGUUCAAUCAUACACGAACUGUAAAGACACUAAGGUCUUGAGCGAAUGGAUAUCAACGGGGAAAUCAACUUCUGCAAUAAUUUACCGGUGGUCACUUGUUUGCAAUGAAAAUUCGAAUAUAAGGGAUAUUGCAGAUAAAGUCAUUAAAGCAACACUUUACUUGAAUAUUGACUACAAUAAAUGUUCUACAGAAGGCUUCCCAAAGUUUAACCGUGAAGAAACUCCCCCUAUUAAUGUAGAAUCUGAACCAAAUCAUCAAGAAUCAUCUUAUGUUUUUAUAGUAUGGUGUAGGGCAUUUGAAAAUGUGAAUCCUAAUGAUCUGUGAAAAU